AUAGGAGAGCACAUCGAAACGCUCUAGAAAAUCAAAAGCAACUAGCAGAAACCUAUUAUUUUCCAAGAAUGAAACAAAAAAUUAUACAUUUAGUUAAGCAAUGUAAACUUUGCAAAGAAGCUAAAUAUGACAGACACCCCCCAAAUCCGGAAAUUCAAGAAACUCCUAUUCCAGAAUAUCCCGGUCACAUAUUGCACAUUUACAUUUAUUCUACAGAACGACACUUAGUACUCACUGCAAUAGAUAAGUUUUCUAAAUUAGCGCAAGCACGAAUUAUAAAUUCAAAAGCAAUAGAAGAUAUCAGAACGCCUUUGCGUGACAUUAUAUUUUAUUUCGGAGUCCCAAAACAUAUCGUUAUGGACAACGAAAAAGCUUUCAAUUCCCAAUCAAUUAAGUUCAUGUUGGAGCAGCUACAGAUAGAAGUCUAUACUGCCCCACCAUACAAAAGUACCGUUAACGGUCAGGUAGAACGAUUCCAUUCAACACUCUCAGAGAUAAUGAGAUGCCUCAAGAAAGAGGGCACUGAGAGAAAUUUUAAAGAACUUUUAGAAAGGGCAGUUUACGAGUACAAUUACAGUUUUCAUUCGGUUACAAAGAAACGACCAUUAGAAGUAUUCUUCGGUAGGAGAGUAACAACAGACCCGGACCAAUACGAGACAGCCAGACAAGACAAUAUUGAAAGACUUAAAAAUAAACAGAAAAUUGACCGAACAAACCACAAUAAGAAAAAAACGAAAUACUAAACUAUCAGCCAGGAGAAGAAAUAUUCGUAAAAAUAAACACUAGACUAGGUUCAAAGCUUUCCCCAAGAUAUAGGAAAGAAAUAGUUAAGGAAAACAAGCACACUACAGUAACAACAGAAUCGGGAAAAACGGUACAUAAAAGCCAUAUCAAAAUCUAAAAUUUUUCAGAAUAUUACUAUGGAUUACGAACGAUGUCAGUGGAACGAUGAACCUUACAAACUAUACGAACGCACAGAUACUGACAAUGAACAAGGGGAUCGGAAAACUACAAACCUCAACAACUACCUCAUUAACCUCGACCAAAUCCAAACCGCUUUAGAUAUUUUACAUGAACAUACGGAAAAUAACCUUAAACGCAGUCCAUUAUACGCUACCCUUCACCAUGAGAUAAACACAACUACUCACAUAUUCCGAACAAUCACAGCCUUUCCCAAAACUCGAAAAACUAGGUCCUUAAAUUGGCUAGGGUCAGGAUGGAAGUACAUAGCGGGUAGCCCAGAUCAUGAUGACCUGGUUAUGAUAGAGCAGAACUUAGAUAAACUUAUUGACAAUAAUAACCAACAGGUCAUUAUUAACAAACAGUUAGAAGGAAGAAUAAAUAAACUAACUUCAGUAUCUAAUGCUCUCAGCAAUUCUAUUCAAAAAAGCAGUUCAGUAAGUAUAGAGACGGCUAUUAGUUUGCACAACCAGAUUCGCCUUUUAAAAGAAGAAAUUAUUAACAUUAAAAUAUGCCAUUCAAUGGGCACGAUUAAACGUAGUUAACACACUUGUAUUAAAUGAAGCUAGUUCAGGGACAGAAAGCGCUGUGUAGUUUUAGCAAUGCCGACCAUGUACCCAAAAUAGAAGAAGUCGACGAUGGAAUCAUCCUACUAAACGACUACGAUGGAAACGCAACAUGGAACAACACAGAACUUUACCUAGAGGGCACCUAUCUGGUUCAACUAUCAAAUGACUCGAUAAUUAUCGACAACCAGCAGUUUAGCAACUUGGAACCUACAGUCUCGACCCCCGGAGCACCUCUUGUGCAGUUUACGGCCGAAGAAAAAGAAAGACUUAAGGUUCUAUCCCUUAAAGCAUUGGAAGCAUUGCACAUAAACAGCACUGGACAGCUGAUGAACAUAAGAACACAUUCAACAGUUAACAGCAUUACUUUGUUAACACUCUUUGGGAUUGUGCUGGUUCUCAUCCUUGGUUUGCACAUCUAUAGCCAACGGAAGAAGAGCAUAACCCUGCAACUAGGUCCCACGCCUGGAAUGGAAGCGAAAGUCACCACGAUUCUCGCACCUACAACCCGCGAGCAAUCUUCGACUGAGGCACAGCACCAGCUACCUCAGUUCAACGACAUUCAAUACUUUUAGAGACAGCUUGAGGACAAACAUAAAUUGGGGGGGGAAGAGUUAACAACAAAAAUGUUUAAAUCCAGAACAAUGAACCCCAAUAAGCAAGCUUCAAUCUGCAAGCUCAGCGUCUGCAUAAUUUCCUGCACACGCCGAGCUGCCAAGCAGAAUUCGAUAAUUUCCUGCACACGCCGAGCUGCCAAGUAGAGUUCGAAGAAUUUGAUUGGUAACAACUUCCGCUCCCACCAAUGCAAGUGAUUCCAAGAAGACUGCACGGAUUUGACCAGCAAAACAUCAGCCGAUGUCGUGGCCUAUUGGAAAGCUACGGAGCCGACGCCGAUCCUCUGCCACCAACGGCAGCGCAGCUCACAGCCAAAGACUCACAGCUUGCUAGGGACAGCUUAGGGUAAUUUAGUUGCAAAUUGGAUUUAUACAAAUAAAGUCGUUCUUAACUGAA